AAUGAAAACCCUACCUAAUUAUAGUUCAUUAUCGAAUGCUUUUUAAUCUCUUAUAUAAGGCCACUUAACAAAGACUUAAGUUGUGUAUCAAUGGCUAAACGAAAAUUAAGCCAAAAUCAGGCUGUACUUUCUCUGUAUCUUGUUGUAGGAUGAAUGAGCUUAUUCGGACUGAGAAUUGAUAAGCAAAUUGAUCAAAGUUUACUGGGGUAAACCAUUUGUAGAGCGUUGUUUCAGCAUGGAGCACUGAAAUAGGCAUGCAUGGAAGGUGAAACUUCUGACGAUGUUACCGGCACGGUGGAAUACUCCCAGUCCCAGUCAAAUAAAUGAAAUUCCAAUAAAAUGUGCAAUCGGAAAAUUUGGUUGCUGCCACGUGAGAUUACCACUUAAAGGAGGUGAUGGAUAGUCAAAGAGUGACUACUACUCCCUGUAAAGGGUCUGGCAAACUACCUUUCUUGGGUGUCAGGGGGGAAGGGAAAAAAUUCAAUUGAAUGCCCUAGCUAGAUCUUUAGCUAUAUCUGAAAGCUCCCUUUGGUCAUCAUCAUCUAAUACAUGGUCCACAAAUGGAGAUGGGAUUUGCAAGAAGGAGCUUAUGACAGGUCUAGAGGAAACAGAAGAAACUGGAUAUUAGUAUGGGAAGACGGAUUCUGCAAUUUUGCAGCUUCAAUGGCCGAAGCCGAUUCGGGUGAUUCGUCGGCAUAUAACGGCAACUGUGAAUUUCAGCCCUUUAAAGGCUUACAACCUGAGCUGUUCUUUAAGAUGUCCCAUGAAAUUUACAACUAUGGAGAAGGAUUGAUUGGGAAAGUAGCUGCAGAUCGUAACCAUAAAUGGAUAUAUAAGGAUCCAAGUGAACAAGAAAUCAAUUACAUGUCUGCAUGGCACAACACUGGAGACUCUUUUCCAAGGACAUGGGAAGCUCAGUUUCAAUCUGGUAUAAAGACUAUUGCUUUGAUUGCUGUUAGAGAAGGUGUUGUGCAGUUAGGUGCUGUUCAUAAGGUUAUGGAAGACCCAAACUACAUUAUUCUUUUAAGGAAGAAGUUUUGUUAUCUCGAGAGCAUUCCUGGUGUACUCUUACCACAUCCAUCAUCAUCUUUACCGAUUCCAUAUGGUGCACCAAACACUUGGCCUUAUCUUUCUCCUCAUCCAACACCAAUGGAAUAUUUUCAUAACAAUCAUGAUCAUUUCAUGAGUAAUACUCCGCCAUUGAAGAUAACUCCUUCGAUGAGUGCUUUACAAGCACUACUCUCAAAGCUACCUUCUGUUGUACCGACAACAUCUCCUUCCUCAUCGGGCGGCUACUGUGACCAAGCAGGACAGUUUGUAUCGUCUCAAAGGCCACUGGAUCAUCAUCGUCAACUUGGAGAAAUUUCAAAGUCGGCAAAAGAGGAGAUAGAUGAAGAAUACAGACGCGGAAGAGAAGGUGGUGAAACUAGUAACUCAAUUUCAUAUCACUAUCAACAACAGCAACAAGAGCAGCAUGGCCAUUAUAACCUUAGUAAUGGUAGACUUAGCUAACAAGGGAUUGUGAUAUGUAACGUUACAUUGUUUGGAAGACAGCAACGUCAUCGAUCCGUUAGUCAUAACGGUCAAGCAACUUUUGUAUCUUUUAUAUUAUUGGAGUUAACUUGUAGUUGGUGUUUGUUUUUCCUACUUUUAGUUUGAUAUAUAAUCAAAGAUAAAACUGAAGCAAGUUUAUGCAGCA